AUGACGCAGAGCGUCAAUCUCCGGGCCUGGCACAUCGCUGUCUGGUGUCUCGACGGCAUCUGGCAUGCAUUUGUGGUUGUUGGUGUGGGCUACUACGUCCUUGCUGGCGGUGGAAGCUAUGCAGAGGCGAGAUUUUACCUUCCUGGCACCUCCUAUGCUACCAUCGACAUGGAUCUCUUUGGUUCCGCAGUAUAUACUCUCCUAGUUGUGACAACUAACCUCCGAAUGCUGGUUGCCUCAAGAACCUUCACCAAGGUCACAAUCAUUGGAACCCUGAUUGUCGGAUUUGCCAACAUGGGAAUUCUCUUUCUGUACCAGGUAAUCUGUCAGUUAUGUUUUGUCCCAUUGGUCUGCUCAGUUAUCCGAGAACUCUCAUAUUAUUUCAUACUCUAA